AUGGAGGAGGAGCUCAUGACUAUGUUGAAGCCAUUACAGGAGAAACUGCAAGAUUUUGAAGAAACCAAAUUGACCUGGACUAAAAUAGCAGAGUACAUUAAGAGCCACGCCGCCAAAACAGAGUGGCGGAUUAAGGAGGAAUUCAGAAAGCUUCAACAGUUUCUAGCUGAAUGCACACUUGAAACACUACAGCAUCCAGCGACUGUGUCAGGAGCACCAGUCAAUGUGGCAAAGCACCUGGGCAACCUGAAGUUCAGAGUCUGGGAGAAGAUGCAGGACCUUGUUGAGUUCAGCCCUGUGGUUCUGGAUGCCACCACUGCAUCACCAUGUCUCAUCCUGUCUGAGGAUCUGACCAGUGUGAGAUACACUGAUGAGAAACAGCAGAUUCCUGAUAAUCCAGAGAGAUUUGAUGAAUAUGCAUGUGUUCUGGGCUCUGAAGGCUUUGACUCAGGGAAACACUGCUGGGAUGUUGAUGUUGGGAACAGUACAUACUGGGACUUGGGUGUGACCACAGGGUCAAACCAGAGGACGGGAGACUCAUUCUUUAACACUGGUGUCUGGCGUGUUCGGUUAUACGAUGGUAAAUACAGGUCAAAGGCCUCAGGAGGGUCAAGGACUCCACUGACACUGAAUAAUAAACUCCAGAAGAUCAGAGUGGAAUUGGACUGGGACAGAGGAAGACUCUCAUUCUCUGACCCUCUAAAUAACACACACAUACAUACCUUCACACACUCUUUUACUGAGAGAAUGUUUCCAUACUUAUACAAUCGAUGUAAACUCUCUCCUCUGAGGAUCUUACCAGUGAAGUGUGAUAUAUCAGUGAAACAGCACAGUUAG